AACAACAGGUGAGAUGACUGAUCAUAAUGGAGUGAUGUCACUCUGAUCUCACAAUGGCCUGGUGAUUUUCUGCUGGCAUCUGUCCACUUUCCUCACACAAGCUGGUGAGACAGUCCCGAGGCCAGUUUGUUCUUGAAGCCACUCUUGAAAUCGAGGAGAAGAUGUCGGACUGGAAGAACUACAUCAACAGUAUCCUGAAGGAUAAGAACGUGGAAGACGUUGCCAUCGUGGGCCACGUCAACAACAAGGCAGUGUGGGCGUCCAAGCCCGGUGGUAUACUGGCCGCCAUCUCCCCUCAAGAGGUCAGCACAUUAAUGGGACAGGAUCGCAAGACCUUCUUGCAGACGGGCAUCACCAUCGGAGGGAAGAAAUGCUCCGUCAUCAGGGACAACCUGCUGGUCAACAACGACGAGGUGAUGGACGUCCGGAUGAAAGGCGGGCAAUGCAAGAGCAUCUGCAUCGGCAAAACCAUCAAGACCAUGGUGUUUGUAAUGGGCAAAAGAGGAGUCCACGGUGGAGUCCUCAACAAGAAGGUCCAUGAGAUGGCCAGCUAUCUGAAGCAGAAGGGGUUUUAAUGGCAGGGGAGGGAUUUUGAACCCAUUUUUACAAACCCAGAUUAACAAUAAAUUGUUAACUACCCACUGGUUC